CAAAUUGGAACUUCACGCAUGCAUAUAAACAAUGUGAAAUGCUCGCGCACAAUCAAUCGAUCGAAGAUCGAGAGGGAGGCCCGUGACGGGCCGUUUCGCACUCGAAAUCGGACUUGCAGUUGAAGAAUUUCGGUUUGGCUCUAGGUGAUAUGAAGUAGACUUUGAGGGUGACAAAGAUGGCGAGCGUUACGUUGCUUCGAGUUCCUCGAGUUCCCCGCGUACGAUUCUUCUGGUCUCCCGUAAUCCGACAUCCAUCCUUCCGUGAUUGUGUGUCUAUUUCCCAGAAAGGAAGAAUAUUCCCUUAUAGAUUCUGCGAUUCACUUGCCAGAAUCAGACUGAAACUUUCGGAUCGGAAGUCAAGGAGGAGGAAGAUGAGAGAAACUAAAGAUCAAUGACGUGUACAGUUUCAGUGGCACACUCGUAAUGCCAAGUCGUCGUUCAGCAACAAAUUUGAGCGAAAAAAGUAAAUUGCGUUCCUUUGAGCGAGCCCAGCGUUGCAAGCUUCUCCUGUUUGAGGUAAAUGCUGCCUAAUAUGGAGAGAGAUGAUCCACUCAAGAAGUAGACAGAGUAGCAACUGUAUAGCGGUUGUUGGUUAUACGGUACAUUCAUCGCGGUAAAGUCCGUCAAGCCGAGUCGGAGAGCUAGUGCAUAAGCGAGAUAAAGCUUCGGACUGAUCGGAGAAAAGGAGUGCAAUGUAACAUAGGUAAAAAAGAUUCUGUUUUGCACAAGCGGGGGAACAAAAGUGUUGGGACGAGCACCGGAAAAGGCAAAGAUCACAGCGGAGGUGGGGAAAAGGAAAAGCGAAGCUUAGUUUGCAGAUCUGCGAAGUGGCGGAUAUGACAACAGGCCGGUUC